AUGAAAAAGGAACAACAUACAUAUCAAUGCAACGAACCGAAUGAAUCUCUGGCUAGUAAUGGUGGUUCAAACUACGCAGAGGGUUUUAUGAAAAAUGGAAUAGAAGAAAGAGGCUUCCUGAACUGUAAUGACAAUUGUCAUUAUGAAAAUAAUGAAAUGAAAGACCCCACGAGACAUAAGAAUAAGGGCAUUUUGAAUGAUAAAAAAAAUGAACAAUUUAGUAAGAUAAAAAAAUCCCCAAAUAAUGCAAUGCCAAUGAUAAGGAAAAAAAAUGUGAACAUUAAUCAUAAUGAGGAGAUUGUUCCAUAUGUAUGUACUCUAGUUUCGUACAAAAAUUACACCAUUUUUUUCAUAACACCUAAUGGAAAAUUUGCUGUAUGGGUACAUUCCCACAAUGUCAUUUUUCCCUUUUCGGUGGAACAAGAAACUGAAAUAAUUUUUGGUGAAAGGAAUUAUCCCUUUUUGGAAAUGUUCUGUGCCAAAUUUAUGAAAGAUCAUGCCCCUUUGUUAAAGUACAAGCCUAUUAUAUUUGCUAUAUCUCUUCACAAAAUGUGCUUCGAUGACACGAAAGUUUUAACAGAUAUAUUUUCCACGUUAAGCUCUAUGGUAAAGUAA